GGUGCUUCGCCCUUUUCUUUUUCCUGGGUUAUUUCUUUUUCUUCGGCGUGCCCCUCGUGCAGCUGCCUUGUUGUUCUGCCUUGCAAAUUAAUUUGGGCUAACUGAUGCAUGUUACUCGAAUCAGCAUUCUUGAUAGACUCAAGUAGUCGGCCCCCGGUGGGUAGUCAUCCUCACCUCUUUGUUCUUUUGGGACGGAGUUCAGCCCAUCGUGUUGUCGGUCCCAAGUCGCAGCUGUGUGUUUGCUGGAUCUAUGUAUAUGGCAUCUGGCCGUCCCGUUUUGCUUCAUCGUCAAUCCCUCAUCAAUUGUCUAUGUAAAGACCGGCAUUAUAUCGUCUCUUAGAACGCUUACGAUAACAAGGUCGCCAUUUUAUCUGCUAUUCUAACUGAUGCCCGCCUUGCAGAAAUCGGGAAUUAGCCGCCCGACGUUUGCCAAUACCAGACGCAAAGUGGAAGGAGAGUAUAGGUGAUAACCUACCCAACCUUGUAUACGCCUGCAUAGAUGUCGAAUACGCCAUUACCACAAUGGACGCACUCCCUUCCCGACAGCCGGUACCCCGAUACGGGCACCCGUGUCGGUGACGAUGCAGGAAGAGGAUUAGCAGCAACAAUUCCAAAUCCCGCAUAUUCGACUCCAGAACCCCCACGGUUUCUAUUUCCAGACAGUCAAGGCUAUGAUCCUACUGCUAGUACUUCGACUCAUCCUAGGUUUGUAUUUGAAGGCGCAAGGCGAGAUAGUACGGAGCAUCGAUAUAGUGUCUCCUCAAUCGCGAGUGGGCCUCUUGCUCCGUACGCAGUGCAGCGUUGGAGCAUCUCAAAAAGUGUUGACUACUAUGGGCCGUCAAGUUCCUAUCAUGAAACAUCAAGUCAAGGCCGUGGCUCCAUAGGCUCCACGGGGCGGACAAACGACAUGGAAUCUCUUAGUUCCUCUACGACGUUUCCAAGCCCCGUCCACUCUGAUAAAAGCUCGGCAAUGUUCAACACCAACCCUACGCCAAAGUAUUCAUUGCAGCAACCGCCGCGUCAGACAACGUCCGGCGUACCAUUGGGCUUUGAGAACCUGCUUCACCAUUCGCCAUCACCACCCCCGCGGCGGCCUUCCACAGCUUCCCGCUAUCAUUUACAUAUUCGACAGCAACCAAUGGCGGCAAGAGCUUGCGGCUUUGGUGAUAGAGAUCGGCGACCUGUUGAUCCACCACCCAUCAUCCAAUUGCUCCUAACCGACUUCGACCCCGUAUCAGAUCAAGAUAAGGAUAUCUUGCAAGAUCCGAGAUUUGCCGUUGGUUGUCUUCUAUUCCCUGCGGCGACACCCCCCCAGCAAGGCCCACCAGAUAGGGAGAGAGGGGGUACCAUCCGUGAAAGUCGCCUUGGAUCAACUGCGAGCCCAGGUCAAUCAACGCCUUUGCUUUCCGGAAAGGCGUUCAUUUCUCCCUUCUAUGUUGAUGCAGACCCGGACCCUGCGACGGCACCUGCCCACCCGACUAGUGAGGAUUACGUGACGCAGAGGACCUCUGCAGGACCGGUACGAAUGAAACAACCGGCGGCAUUUUUCAUAUUCUCAGACCUUUCCAUCCACGCAGCUGGGGAGUAUCGGCUACAAUUUCGGCUCAUGAACUGGGGCCACGUGGAGGAUACCGGUCAGCCUAUGCCUAUCCUCGCGGAGGCGUGGUCGGAGCCAUUCCGCGUGUUCCCAGCUAAGGACUUCCCCGGGAUGCAAGACUCAUCGCCGCUCGCGGAGGGACUCAAGGAGCUCGGGUUUACCGAACUAAAAACAAGGGGCAAGGGCAAGGGCAAGGGAAGGAAGCGUUGACGUUAUCAAGGGUCAUUUCAUGAAUGAACAGUACGCCUAUGGGCCAAUUUCCCAGCGUUGCGAUAUCUCAGAACACCGCCACUCCGGUACUAUGCCUGUUUCUAAAAUAAUCAACUUUACGAUUUUAAUGAAGCCUUACGAAAAAAACGCCUUUCGAAGCAGAUGAACUUGAUUACGACUCCACACUGUAUGAAUGACCCGUUGUAGUGCUAAAAUACAAACCUACAGCAAACCUGAGACCAAGAACCCUCCGCAUGUAUCCAGGUCCAUCUUUGGGGGAGCAAGUUCAUGCACUUGUAGUGUACUCUGUACAGCAAUGGACGUCCCUCGAGGAGAUA